AUGAGCGCCUUCAACGAUGUGAUGACCCCUGGGAAGUUCGACUACAUGUACUAUCAGAACCUGGACAAGGGGCUAGGGCUGCUUGCUUCGGAUCAAGCCCUGGCUGCAGAUCGGAGAACGAAACCUUUCGUGGAGCUUUAUGCAAAGAACAAAAAGGCUUUCUUCGAAGCGUUUGCUCAAGUGAAGGAGAAGCUCAGCACCUACAAGAUAAAGACAGAGAAAGAUGGUGAGGUGAGGCACAGGUGUGACUAG